AUGUCUCAAAUCACAGGCAUUAAUGAUUCUCCUGUCGCACCUACGGGCUAUGUGGGUUUUGAUACAAUAACAAGUCAGAUUGAGCACCGUUUGCUAAAGAAGGGUUUCCAAUUCAAUAUUAUGGUAGUCGGUCACUCAGGCCUCGGGAAGAGCACUUUGAUAAACACUUUGUUUGCCUCACACCUGAUCGACACAUCGACUGGAGCUGAUGUUACAAAAUUGCCGAUCACCAAAACUACCGAAAUCAAAGUUUCAUCUCAUUCUUUAGUGGAGGACAGGGUACGCUUAAAUAUUAACGUCAUUGAUACACCUGGUUUUGGAGAUCAAGUCAAUAAUGAAAGAGUAUGUGAGCCCAUUAUCAAAUUUAUCAAGGAACAACACUCGCAGUACCUGCGCAGGGAAUUGACCGCACAACGUGAAAGACACAUCCCUGAUACAAGAGUACACGCAGUUUUGUACUUCAUUCAACCCAAUUGCAAGGGUUUAACCCAGCUCGAUGUUUCAGCACUCAAAAGGCUUACGGAGAUUGCUAAUGUGAUUCCUGUUAUUGCCAAGGCUGAUGCUUUAACUAUGGACGAAAGAACGUCUUUCAGAAAUAUCAUUCAGCAGCAAUUUGAACACUACAACUUCAAAAUUUAUCCAUACCAAUCCGAUGAUUUGACUGAAGAGGAAAUUGAAUUAAACGAAAGUAUAAGGUCAAUUAUUCCCUUUGCAGUAGUUGGAUCUGAAAAAGAGGUAUCCAUCGAUGGUGAGCUCGUCAGAGGUCGCAAGACUCGUUGGGGAAGCAUUUCUGUAGAAGAUAUCAACCAGUGCGAGUUUGUCUUUUUGAGAGAAUUCUUGAUUAGAACUCAUCUCCAAGACUUGAUAGAAACUACGUCCUUAGUCCACUAUGAAGGGUUUAGGUCUAGGCAACUCAUCGCCUUGAAAGAAAAUGCAAGCAGCCGCUCCUCGAAUGCACACUUAUCCCAAACUUCAACCACAAUGCUCCAACAACGUUAG